CGUUCGGGCACGCUCCUCCUAUAGUCCCGCGAGACAGCGAGAGAGGGGCUGCACCGUGGGUUACGACCCCCUGCGCGGCGCCCCGUCCCGUCCCAGCUGUCAGCUGCGACCGCGCACCGUUUUCGACGUGCCCGGGAACCAUGGCGUCCAGCGAGGACGACGGAGCGGUGGACGAGAAGGAAACAAACAACAGGAGGAGAAACCGAGGAGCCAUCGCCACCGCAUGGCUCACCUUCUACAACAUCGCCAUGACGGCCGGGUGGCUGGUUCUAGCCAUCACCAUGAUGAGGUUCUACCUCCAGAAAGGAACCCACAGGGGGCUCUACAGGAGCAUAGCUAAGACACUCAAGUUCUUCCAGACCGCUGCUUUAGUUGAGGUGGGACACUGCGCCAUUGGUAUUGUGAGGACGUCUGUGAUUGUGACGGGGGUUCAAGUGUGCUCAAGGAUCUUCAUGGUUUGGUUCAUCGCAAGCAGCAUAAGACAGGUCCAGAGUGAGGAGAGUGUGAUACUGUUCUUGGUGGUCUGGACGGUGACGGAGAUCAGUAGAUACUCCUACUACACCUUCAACCUGCUGCACCAAGUCCCUUACUUCAUCAAAUGGGCCAGGUAUAACCUCUUCAUCGUCCUGUACCCACUGGGGGUCGUGGGAGAACUGUUAACCAUCUACGCCGCACUUCCUAUUGUACGACGCACGGCGAUGUACUCCCUUCGCCUCCCCAACAAGUACAACGUCUCCUUCGACUACUACUACUUCCUCAUCAUCGCCAUGCUGUCCUACAUCCCACUGUUCCCUCAGCUGUUCUUCCAUAUGCUGCGCCAGCGAAGGAAGGUCCUGCACGGGGAGGUCAUUGUUGAGAAGGACGACUAGCUGCUCACUCCCUGCUCCCCCUGCCAAUGCCCUGCAGAGCCUACUCACCUCCAAUACCAUCUCCACCUCCACCCUGACCACAACCGUCUCAACCCUCCCCACCACCUCUACCAGCAUCCCUGUCUCAAUAACCACCUCUUUCACCAUUCUUAACUCCUGAUCCCCCACAACCUCCACCAGCUCCCCCACCAGAACAAUCCUCACAUACAAUAUCUCCAUCCUCAUCACCACCACCUCUCCAUUAUCUUCAUCAUCUCCACCCCGCCUUCCUGCCCAUUUCGUCCCAACAGAUCCAAGUUGAUAAACCGAGGACAUUCAGCACCACCAAGACAACAACACCACUUCUUUAACAACUACCAUAUCAUGGAAAUUUAGCAAAGAGGUACAGACCAUUGGUCCCUGAAGCUCACCCCUAGACAGCACUCUGGUACCCCCAAAUCGGAUUACCUUCAUCCCGUCGGAACAGGUACCGUAUGGUGUUAUUUUCCGGUUGGACACAGGAUUAGAGGCUCAGAACGAGACCUCUCAAUGCAGAUCUACAAAUCCUGGUGAUCUCAAGAGCUCACCUAUCACUGGACACCUGUUACGUCCCAGGAAAAAAGUCAUGACCCUCGCACCACACCUUCAGUCAGCUCUUCUCAAACCACAUCUUAGGCCGCAUUCACCCUGUACACGUCCGUUAACAGAUCUCAUUGACUUUGCAUGGGGCGCACUCGAAAUGCAUUGUGGGUCAAUCCGUUCCGUCAGCUCCGUUGCCUGCGUCAAAAAGUUGAGAAAUGUUUAACUUUUCAGGCAGCAACAGACCCGUCGGCCAAUCAGAUCGCGUUACCCAUACGUCAGACACGCCCUCCGUCAUCGGUCGGUGGACGUGCACAGUGUGAACGCAGCAUAAGGUCACCACACAGCCUCAAUGAAAACCCUUCUCAGCUUCAAUCACAUCACAGAUGUGGUGUCACUCCUGACAUAUCUUCAGUCAACCCCCCUCACAUCACCGCUUCAGUCACCACCCCUCACAUCACAGCUUCAGUCACCACCCCUCACAUCACAGCUUCAGUCACCACCCCUCACAUCACAGCUUCAGUCACCACCCCUCACAUCACAGCUUCAGUCACCACCCCUCACAUCACAGCUUCAGUCACCACCCCUCACAUCACAGCUUCAGUCACCACCCCUCACAUCACAGCUUCAGUCAGCACCCCUCACAUCACAGCUUCAGUCAACACCCCUAACAACAAAUCUCUGGCCGCUGAGAAGCAGAAGGAAGUGGUAAAUGAAGUAAAUGGAGAAGAGCCUGUAGACUAGACACUAACCUUACCCUGUCAUUUCCAUUUGGCAAACAUGUUUUUUUUAAGUGUUGUCAAUGGAGUUAUUUUAUACAUAUUACGGCAACAAGUACUAGACAUAAACCAUUGAAAAUAUGAGACGACGGUGGGUCUAUUUUAAUAAAGAAACUGAAAUUUUA